AAACGUGAGGAGGGUAUUCUCUACAUGCCACCUUGCAUUUUUGAAUUAAGUGUGGGACAUAAAUAUAACAUACAAAUAUUUGCCCAAGGAAGCUGAGAUUUAGUGGAAGGCCAAGUCUUUUGAUUUGAGAGGACUGAGAAGAAAAUGACAACUGAAUUCAGACACAACUGAGAAUCACUCUGCUGAUUACAGCAUGACACACCAAUGGGAACCCAGGCCAUUCUAUCCAGUACAAGAGGCAGCAAACAUUUGUUAGCGUGGAUGAUUCAUCUCUAUUUUAUUAUGCGCUGCUGUCAUUUGGAUUCCUAUUAUUUCUAUUUCAAUAAUAAAAAGCUAUACUUUGUAAAUAUCACACAACUCUUCAGUUUUCAUGACCAUUUUAUGAUUUCAAUGACUAUUUGGGAAAGAUUAUUCUCUAGUUGGUUUUCUGCCCCCCUCCCCCCUUUCACCAGCCCAAGGGCAUUCUAGGAAAACAAGCGGCUUAUUUAUUCUGUUGUGCUUAUCGAACAAGUGGUGAUUUAUUACAUUUUAAACUUAUAUUUUCAAAAAGCGGUCCCCUUCUAAUAUGAUCUUGAAAAUAGGCUGACCAGCCUUACUUGGAAUUUCUGCUGGAAAAGGUCACUUUCUAAACUAAAGCAACAGGACAAAAAUGUUGACUUGCUGAAGAGGCUCUGCUGAAGAGGCAAGUCAAAAGAUCUCACUGGCACAGGAUUUCUUUCUCUACGUGAAAGGCCUCUCCUCUUGAAUUGCAGGCUCUCCAAAAAGAGAUGAUACUGUAGCUUUAAUAAUGACACCGAGGUAAGGAUUCGUUCCAAACUUGGUGUCUGGGCUUCUCCGUACGCGACGGGGCCCAGUGGUGUAAUUUGAGAGGAGAAGAGAGAGAUCCUACGGCCAAAAGCCGAACUCCCGCUAAAGCACCAAUCCAGAUGGAGAAUGAAAAAAAGUAGCACGAAGCGGCUGCAGCAGCUUCAGGCAGGUCUCACUCAAAUCUGGACGCAAGCGCGCCCUCUCUCCCUCUCCGUUUUUGGUUGGAAGUUUCCUAACUUGUGAGGAGACAGGAGAAGGGAAAACGUGCUGCUGCCGAUUAGGAAGGUUGAUGGGAAAGAAGCCAGAGGCUCCUCCUUAAGGUUUGUAGAUCUCCCCCGCCCACCCCCUCCCGGGAAAAGCGAGGUUCUCGCGGGCAAAUCGGGCGCAACAGAGAACUUUCAAGCGGGGAGCGAGAAGGGCCAAGCGACCGCUCUCCAGCGGGUCCCAAUGAAGCCCUGCGCGAAGGGCGGCUAUAACCAGAGGACUUGAACUACGCGCGUACGGAGUCGCCUUCGCCCUCCGCUUGGGGACGUGUGGUCUGGCGGCCUCCCUCCCCCGGGAUGCUGCUGGGGCUCCGCUUGGUGUGGCUCCUGAGCUGUUCGGUCAGCUUUUGCCACGGCUAUUUCGACGGCCCGCUUUACCCGGAGAUGUCCAACGGGACGUUGCAUCACUACUUCGUGCCAGACGGAGACUACGAGGAGAACGACGACCCGGAGAAGUGUCAGUUGCUUUUCAGGGUGAGCGACCGCCUGCGCUGCACAGUGGACGGGGCGGCUGAGCGCCUGCAUCCCGCGACGGCGGCGGCGGCACCCCCCACCCUGACGUUGCGCGAGGAAUUCACCCUCCUGGGCCGGCAGGUGGAGGACACGGCGCGCGUGCUGGAAGGCAUCCAGAAGAGCAUCUCGUACGACCUGGACGGCGAGGAGAGCUACGGCAACUACCUGCGCAGGGAGUCCACGCAGAUUGGCGACGCCUACGCCAACUCGGAGAAGUCGCUGGGCGAGCUGGAGAACAAGUUCCGGCAGGGCCAGGAACACGAGAGCCACGAGGAGAGCCGCCUCAACGACGACUUCCUGGGCAUGCUGGUGCAUGCGCGGGCGCUCCUGAAGGAGACGCUGGUCGUCUCGGCGGGCCUGCGGGACAAGUACGAGCUGCUCGCGGUCGCCGUCCGGAGCCACGGCGCGCGCCUCAGCCGUCUCAAGACAGAGUACCUCAAGGGCUGAGCAGGAGCGGCGCCUGGCUGGGCUUCGACCACAGCAUCCCUCUUUUCCGUCAGUGGCCACGCGGUGGAGCUCUGCUGGGCACCCUUCCCACGGACUAACUUUCCUCCACCAGAUUCCGACCCUUGCCGUUCCAGUAUACUUCAGGGCCAUUCUUUGCAAUUUUCAUCAUAGCGCCUUGAAGGAGCAAAGUAAUGUGCCUACCUUGAGGUGGCGUGAGUCCACGAAGGACAGACCAGUGGACAGCAACUCGACAGUUAGUUGUUUUCCUCCUUUAAAAAAAGAAAAGAAAAUUGAGGAGGGUGCUAUUUCUGCUAAAUACGAAAAAAUCCAGCAGCGUGUCGUCCGCCUUUUUUUAAGUUCGGUUCUUAUCUUUCUGGCAGGUGGAAAUUCAAGUUAUUGGGGCGGGGGGGGGGCGGUUUAUGUCAAUAAAAACAGCGUUUGUUGGAUUCCUCCUGAUAAAACGUUAAAAACGCACACAGGCUUUCUUUAUUGCAUUCAUCCUCACUUUUUAGCAUAAUGUGUGUGAAAUGGGAAAAAAAUAAAGUGACCUUAGACACAGUUUAUGUACUUACCUUAGUA